AUGUUGGUGUUUGCUGAUGUGUCACGAUUGUGUGUAGUGUUAAUGGACAUGGCAGGCGCGAAAGUGGCAGCUCUUGAGUCGUUAGAAGUGGAUGAUGAUGAUGAUGAUGAUGAGGAGGAGGAGGAGGAGGAGGAGGAGGAUGAGGAUGAUGAUGAUGAUGAUGAGGAUGAUGAUGAUGAUGAUGAUGAUGGUGGCGGUUGGGGAGGGUGA